UCGCAUAUCAACCGUCUUCCAAUAUGGAUAUCGACGCAUGCAUCGAGACAAUCAAGACAUGCAAAUAUCUACCGGAGAGUGACAUGCGACAGCUUUGUAACAAGCUUAAGGAGAUUCUUACCGAAGAAUCCACUGUCGUUCCCGUCCAAGCACCAGUUACGAUAUGUGGCGAUAUUCACGGUCAAUUUUAUGAUCUUUUAAAAUUGUUUGAAGUCGGCGGUUCAGCACCCGAAACGUCGUAUAUCUUCAUGGGCGACUUUGUAGAUCGUGGACGCUAUUCGUUGGAAACCCUGACGUUAUUACUAUUGCUCAAAGUUAGAUACCCAGAUAGAAUUACGUUGACGAGAGGAAAUCAUGAAAGUCGAAAUGUAACUCGGGUAUAUGGUUUCUAUGAUGAAUGCCUUACAAAAUACCAAAAUGCCAAAGUAUGGGAGUGGUGCUGCACAGUAUUCGACUAUCUGCCAUUAGCUGCGCUAAUUGACGGUUCAAUAUUCUGUGUGCAUGGUGGUUUAUCACCCGAGCUUCCCUCCGUUGACUCUAUUAGAACUCUCUUUAGAAUGCAGGAGUUGCCACAGACAGGUGGCCCGUGCGAUCUGCUCUGGUCAGAUCCAGAGGCACAAGUAGAGACUUGGGCUGUCAGUCCUCGUGGAGGUGGCUAUUUAUUUGGGGCGAUGCCAACCAACGCAUUUUGUCACAACAACGAAGUGGACUUGAUUGUUCGAAGCCAUCAACUUGUUGAUGAAGGGUUCAAUUACCCGUUCCCAGAUCGAAAGCUAGUCACCUUAUGGUCUGCACCCAACUACUGUUAUCGUUGUGGAAACAAGGCAGCCAUUUUAAGCAUCAAAGAGAAUCAAACUGAAGUCGAAGAUAGCGACUACCGAAUAUUUCUGGAAAAUGAAGUGCAAGGAGACGCUUAUCACGCUAAUCGACCAGGCAACGCUUAUUUCCUUUAAUAACCUGCCAUUAUUUGGGCUACAAACAAAAGAUGAUCGGCACCAAAAAAAAAAGCAAAAAAAAAGAGAGAUACGACGCUUCUGUAAAAGCAGGAGAACGAAAGAGCAAUCAUGUUACGGUAUGACGCAUUAUCAAUAAAGUACAUAAAGAUGGAGACGAUAAAAUACUAGAAAUAUU